UUUCAGUCCGAGGAAGAAGAUGAAGAGGUAGAGAAAGAAGAGGAAGCUCUAAAGAAAAGUGCGGACUGGGUAUCUGACUGGUCAAGUAGACCUGAAAAUAUUCCCCCCAAGGAAUUUCAUUUCCGCCACCCCAAGCGCUCAGUGUCUCUGAGCAUGAGAAAGACUGGCGCCAUGAAGAAAGGGGGCAUUUUCUCUGCAGAGUUCCUGAAAGUGUUUAUCCCUUCUUUAUUCAUCUCUCAUAUUUUGGCUCUGGGCCUGGGAAUAUACAUUGGAAAGAGGCUGACCCUUCCAUCUGCCAGUUCCUAUUGA